GCCUCUUGGCCGCUGCGCGAAGAAGAGACGCCAUCUAAGCUUCAGUUGGUGGAUGUUGGUCUAACGACGCUCGCGCGAUCGACAGCGGGCCAUGUUUUGACAGUUGGAGCCGUACUUUCGUCACUUUACACAAGUUAGGGACAAGACCGUAGUAGAGAUUAACCGUGGCGUACGGUGCGGAAAGGCGUUUUGAGAUGCCACAUCAGCGUGGAGGAAGAAAUGGCGUACUGCAAGAAGCGGUGGUGGAAGAUGACAUGCAGCAGUACCAGGUCGUGAUGGAGAACCACGAUCCCACGGCCACCAUGUGUUGUGUACCCGCCGGUUGCCACGUCGAAGAAGCCAUCAACCUGGACUAUCUGUCCGACGUCGUCAAGGUGAUAUGCAACAACGAACACUGCCAAGAAGGUCAGUUUAUGCAUAAAUUAUGCUUCGAACAGUGGGAGGAAACCGUGUUGACUUACUUACGUUCGACCGGGAGAGCCCGCAGCUGGAGCGAGAAGCAGAGAUUACAGAACCUGUGGACCAAGAAGGGCUAUGAUCUGGCAUACAAGGCGUGCGGUUGCAAGUGCGGCAAGGGACACCUGCGCAAGGAUCUGGACUGGAUGCCACCUUCCGUCAACGUGGACGACGUCAGCCGGAAGAAGAAGGGAAGGAAGAAGAAGAACGACAAGCCGGCUCUCACCCUCAACGGAAACGGAACCACCAAGCAGGCGGCUCUUCCCGCCAUGAGGCUCCGAAGCUCUAGCAUGUCCAGCACGGGUUCCGGUUCCGGUAGUCCCCCCAGUUCGGCAUCGGCCGACUGCCCCCUGUCGCCCACCUUCGCCGCUUCCAAAAAAUUCUUCGCCGAUCGCCGCGAGAGGCACGGAUCGGGUAGUAUCUUCAGUAGGAGACAGGAUUACAGCUCGUUUAACACCUUACCUCGACACAAGAUCAACUCGUACCACAUCAAAAUGGAAGACGAAGGAAAUCAGGGAAACGACGAAACGCGUUGCUUCAUCCUCUCCACCCUCAGCGCCAAUAAGAUCAACCGCAUCGCCUGCAUCCUCUGCCACAACGCCAUGAUCAUCUUCGACAGAUAUCCGCUAAUCGACGGCACCUUUUUCCUCUCUCCUCGACAGCACAGCAAGAGCUCCGUCAACAUGAAGGGCGACGGCAGGAUGCAGUAUCUCAACGCCGUGUGUAUGGCGUGCCUCGAGGGUUGGAACACCACCCUUCGAUGCCGUUACUGCCAGACCAGAUGGAACGGCAGCGAUCUCAUACUCGGCACCAUGUACUCCUACGACAUAUUGGCCGCCACUCCGUGCUGCUCCGAACGCCUUCGAUGCAACAAUUGCCACAGGAUGGUCAUACUACCCGAGCAGCGUUUACAGUUCUUCAGUGACUACAGUCACAGCUUGGCAUGCCCUCACUGCGGUUAUAUCGACUUCCAUUUUGUCAAGUCUCUAUCCACUUACCACCGAAAGGAGCGUGAGUAGUUUUCGUCAAUUUACGCGCGCCGAAAACAAUACAAAAACAAACACUAGGUAGGCCGGGCGUCGUUUUCAUUCAAAAGCACACUUUAAAGGUGACGGACACACGGUUUAUUUCUUUCGUUUUUAAGUCUUUCGCGUAGAAAUGCGCACCACAAAAGGCUCGAUUAUCCGCAGCUUUCUGACCUCCCAUUUUGUUUUUUCUAUUGUUAUUUUGUGUGUUGUAACACUACGACACUCGGCCUGUUGUAUCCGUCUUGUUUCGCCUAGGCCUACUAUCGUGGUGGAGGCUGCGGGGUGAUUGUCAAAAGUACAAAUUCGACAGAAAAUAAACAGAAAUUACACUAGUUAACCACAUAGUUUCUAUAGGUCCACGCCAUUUUUUUUAUUUUGUCAAUCUUCAUAUUGGGAGACUGGUUCUCCAAAGAAAAAAAAAUACAAAAAAAAUCUCGUAGGUGGUCGUUUCUGUUUAACAAUUAUUUUCAACAAUUGAUUAGUAACUAAAAAACAAAACAAACAAUGAAGGUGGCUUAGUUACAAGUAUAUAAAUAAAUAAAAAAUAAAUAAAUAAAUGUUUUUUCGAAAUCAAGGUGGUGGCUCGCCAUUUUUCAAACGCACAAAGAAAAUUACUAAAAAAAAAAUAAUGAUGAUGAUAAUAAUAAUUGUAGAUUUAGGUCUGCCCCUUGACGUGGGUCGAACCAAAAUUUUGUGAUGUGUAUCCGCUUGUGAUGACGAUUUGAGAAAAAAUAUAUACAUACAACAAAAAAAGAAAAAAAACAAAUCGGAAAUGUAUUUUCUUAUGAUUAUUGAUUUCGAUACGAAAUUGCAGCUUGCUUUUCGGUACUUCUCCUCGGAGUAGGAGCCUCGUACAUUUCGAAGUUUGCCUCCAUAUAUAUAUAUAUUUUGUAGUCGUUCGGAAGUUUAGGUAUGUAGCGGGUGGGAAUUCUCCCUUUUUUCACCUCUCCCCCUCUCGUUUUACCAAUUUUUUUUUCUAAUUUUCGCUUUCGCCCUCGAAGUAUCUUCGGGCGACACUUCUUUGUUUUGGCUCAUUCCCGCUCGAACUGUGAACUAUUGUAAUGGAAGUGGAACACUCGGGUGUGGUCGUAAGUUACGUCAUCCUCUAGCUGUUUGGGAACAAACAACUCUUGGCACUGUGCCAGAGCACGUGCCUGUCGGGCGAGAGAGACUGUUUCCUGCUGGAUUUCUAACAAAUCGACCCUUUCUGUUUCUCUAAUUUUUUCCUAUUGUUUCUAGUGUUUUAAUUUUUGUUGUUGUUUUUUUUUCUCCCUCGACGUUCGAGCGUUUUUUUUUUCUUAAGAAUUUUUGUCAAAAUAAACAAAAAAAGGUAUAUGCAAACGAGUCGAGUCCUUUUAUAAAUAAAUGAAAUAUAUAUAUAAUGUAGAUUCACGCCCCCUUUAAAAAAAACAACGCUUUCUCGUCACGUUUCGAAUAUUCAGCGCUCGGAUACUUAUGUCUUGAAACGACGACCAUCCAUCCCGUUCCACCAUCGAUUUCACGUUUCGAACGUUAUCGACAUAUACAGAAAAAAAUUAAUAAUAAUAAAAAAAAAUAAUAAUACAUAUAUCUAGAUGUGUAUCGUACACGAUUCAAUAUAUCGCUGAGCUUCGGUGCACUUCUCAGGGAAUUGUCUCUGUUACGUUAUCGCUCGGUCCGCCAUUCCUCUCGUCUACUACGUAACACAACUUCUGUCGAUGGUAAUAAUUAAAAUAAAAUAAUAAUAAUAAAAAAGACAAGAGAAACCACACUACAAAAAAAAGCAGGCUUUAGGUUACGCUUCAAUACACGUAAUCAAUUGUGACAAAAAGGAAACAUUCCUGAGAACUGUACAUCUCCCUCCUUCUAUAAACUGGCCAAUAAAGUAAAAGUUUUGGCUGCUA